AUGUGAAUGGUGGGCACCCAGAACACGACGCCAACGAAGAUACCCCCGGGUAUAUCUUCGCCUGUGACAUUGAUCGCCCCCGUCUCACCAUCGCCAACCUCAAAAAACUUGACGAAGAGUUUGCCGCCCUCGACAUCGAGUUGCUGGAGAAAGACGACUUGCGCUGGGCCAAAGAGAAGAAAGUGAAAACCAAGGCAAAGACAAUAUGAGCGCCAACGACGAUCCCACAGGCGAAUAUGCCUUCCUCUCAAAGGUCAUUCAACAUUUGGACCGACACCUCAUCUUCCCUUUACUUGAACAUCAGCUCUCCGCAGAAGACAUCUCGCAAGAACGCUACGAUGAUCUCAAACAAGCCAUCUACAACCUCCUCAAGAACACAAACAUGAUCGACUAUGUCGGAAAUCUCUACAAAGAAAUAAACAAGACCGAAGACACACCUACCGAAUAUGCGAAAAAGAGAGAGGAGGUACUAAACAAAUUGGCCGCCUUCGAAGAAGAGUCAGCACACCUCACAAACCUCCUCAACGAUGAAGCCGUCACCUCUCAAUUGCGCAGCGACAAAGUUGCCAACCUGAAAUUCCUCGAAGAAUCACACGGAGUUACUCAGCAGAUGGUCGACAACUUGUACGACUUUGGCAGAUUCAGAUACGAAUGCGGCUUGUACCCCGAGGCGGCAGACCUGUUAUACCGUUUCCGCGUUUUGUCUACGGACAACGACAAGGUCGUCAAAGCCACCUGGGGCAAGCUUGUCUGCGAGAUAUUGGGUGAGGAGUGGGAAGCUGCACUGGAGGAAGUGGAAAAGGUGAAGGAGCACAUUGAGACGCGGCUGUUUAACAACCCGCGCGCGCAACUCACGGCUCGAGAGUCCCUGGUCCACUACGCUCUGUUCCCGUUCUUCAACUACGAACCCGCCCGUGAGAAACUCACAGAAUUGUACUUCUCUCCUCCGUACAUCAGCUCCAUCCAGACCGUCUGCCCAUGGAUUCUGCGAUAUCUGGCCGCCGCCGUCAUCACCAACCGAGGCCGCAUGAACAACUCGCACAACUACCAGAAACAACUGAAAGAUCUGGUCCGGGUCGUCAAGCAGGAAGUGUACGAGUAUCAAGAUCCUGUCACAGAAUUCAUCAAGGCACUCUACGUCGACUUCGAUUUCGAGGGCGCACAGCGCAAACUCUCUGAAGCGGAAGCAAUCCUGCGUGGUGACUUCUUCUUGAGUUCUUCCACCGACUCGUUCAUGGAUUCAGCAAGACACUUGAUUUCCGAGUCUUACUGCAAGAUCCACCAGAGGAUUGACAUCAAGGAUCUAUCUACCCGACUGGGUCUCUCCUCUAGUGAAGGCGAGAAAUGGAUCGUCAAUCUUAUCCGUGACACCAAGGUCGACGCAAAGAUCGAUUACCAGGCUGGAACGGUCGUCAUGAACCAUCCUCCCCAGAGCGUGUACCAGCAGGUCAUUGAGAAGACCAAGGGCGGUUUCUUCCGUACUCAGGUGCUGAGUGCUGCCGUUGCCAAAUCAUAAUGGACCAUGUGAGCCUCAUGCACGACCGCCAUGCACUCUGGAAUCAAGUGGAGAUGCUCGUAUGAACGUGGCCAGCCACUGCUCGGAUUGAAAUCGAGCUUUGCUGAAGGAGGAAGAAGAAUUGCGCUGAGGAUGAGAGAUGAUCUCUACUGUCAACGCUCGCACACAGCAAGCGACACAGGCGAAACAGUCGGCGAGACAAUCUGCACAGUGCGCGGACUUGU